UUCUAACCAAAUUUAUACCGACCUCAAAACUUUCUAUCUUAAUCUCGCGUACUUUCUAAAUUAAAAAAACCCUAACGUCGCUGCUUAAAUCUAAGUAUACCCUACACCAUUUCUGAUUCGCGGAGAAUCAAAUUUCAUUUUUCUGGAUUAUUUAGCUGCAGUGAGUUUUUCUAAAUACAAAUGAAAGUGUUGUAAAUCUUAAAAUUAUUGAAUCAAUGUCAGUAGAGAGAUCGUUUGAAGCAUGGGAGGAGGUACAGCGCCACGGUCAAGACCUGGCGGACCGGUUGGCUCAAGGUUUCACUGGUCUAAUUCAAUUACACAUGACAAAUCCGCCGUCGUUUUCGUGGCCAAACCCUACAAAAUCGAAGCUUUUUGAUUUAGAAUUUCCAAUUGCGAGUUCCACCAAAAGGGAUUUCGCUAUUUCGGUCAGCAAACCCGAGAUUAACGGCGUUUCGGCGAUUUUUGAUAUUGGUAACCGGAUUGGGCAGGCUGGGGCUGACUUUGGGGCGUGUUUGAAUGGAUUAGUUCAUCAAUUUUAUAGACAGUUGCCUGUGCCUUUUAAGCAUGAGGAGAGUGGGGUUAGACUGGAGUUGAAUGGGAUUGAUAGUGGUUUGGAGAGGAGUGAUGUUGUGUUGAGUGUUGAGGAGAGUUUUGGAGUUAAAGAAAGAGAAAGAGAGAGAUUGAGGAGUGUCGGGACUGUUGAGAAUGAUGGUGGUAAUGACUUGGAUGAAGAAAUAGGUGGACUUGAUUUGCGGGGGGCCGCCCAUCUUGGUAGGCCACAGGGGAUCAUAAAUAUUUCGUCAACUUAUGAUAGUCGAACACAUGACUUGGAAAGUUCUUUAGUUGCAAGAGGAGAUUUAUGGAGAAUAGAGGCAUCAAAUGGCAGUUCCACUUCCACUUCGACAUCGGGGAACGACAAUUCAUCUCUUUUCCUUGUUCAGCUUGGACCAGUACUCUUUGUUCGUGAUUCAACACUUCUUUUGCCUGUUCAUUUGUCAAAGCAACACCUGCUUUGGUAUGGAUAUGACAGGAAGAAUGGAAUGCAUUCUCUUUGUCCAGCUGUGUGGUCAAAGCAUAGAAGGUGGCUGUUGAUGUCCAUGCUUUGUCUCAAUCCUUUAGCUUGUUCAUUUGUGGAUUUGCAGUUUCCUAAUGGACAGCUAACUUAUGUAUCUGGUGAGGGUCUAAGUACUAGUGCUUUUUUACCACUUUGUGGGGGCCUUCUCCAAGCUCAGGGUCAAUAUCCUGGAGAAAUGAGAUUUAGCUUCUCGUGCAAGAAUAAGUGGGGAACACGUAUGACCCCAAUGGUCCAGUGGCCUGACAAAUCUUUUACAUUGGGUCUUGCACAAGCUUUGGCUUGGCAGAGGAAUGGUCUUAUGGUGCGGCCAUCUAUCCAAUUCAGUUUAUGCCCGACGUUUGGUGGAAGCAAUCCUGGGUUGCGAGCAGAACUGAUUCAUUCCUUGAAGGAGGAACUGAGUCUUAUCUAUGGCUACACAAGCAUGACAUAUCCUUCUGCAUUUGCCUCAGUUUCGAUUGGUAGGUCUAAAUGGAAUGGUAAUGUUGGAAGCUCAGGAAUAGUGAUGAGAGUUGAUGCCCCUCUUUCCAGUGUUGGCCGACCUUCUUUCUCUGUUCAGAUAAACAGUGGCAUUGAAUUUUGAUUUUAUUUUUAUUUUUUCACCCCUAUAGAAGAAGUGUAUAAAUUCAUGGCUCCCUAACAAACUACUACUUGUGAAUAUGCAAAUAAUAUAUUGAUUUGUAAGUGUUCUCUGUA